CAGAAACAAGGGGGCCCUGGUAUUGCAGAUUUUAUGAUGGUGGUCGCAUUGCAACCCAAGCUGCCUCGAGAUAAUUUCCAGGUCUGCUAGACUCAGGAGACCACCAUUUUAUCUAUACCUGGUGUCACAAUUCUAAACUUCUACUUCGAUAGGUUAGACCGCUCGUCCCGUAACUUCAGCCCUUCCCCGGACGGCUGCUGUGUCGGCGCAUUUGCUGCUGUUACUAUCCCAGGAGUGGCCAUAUUGUGCACCACAACACGGGAACAGCUGGUGAAACUGGGAAUGCGUGUCGCCAUCGUGUUUUCCAGUAAAUGAUCUGACGUACGUCGCCCUCCUCUAAGUCAGCCUAAUAUCCCAUCGCUCUUCUCCCGGACUCGCCACAACCCGUCCUCGCGACCUCUCGCACCCCGAACACGCAUCCCAGCUCACGUCACCGCCAUGUCCCUCGAAAUCGCAUCGGGCUCCGCUAAGCCGGCUCCUCCUCCUCCCAUCCUCCUCUUCUCCCGGUCCAUAUGGAGCCAGCUAUCUCGCUCGCAGCUCAUCUACCUCCUAGUGGUGCAAGGCGUGGGAUCCGCUAUUCUGGACGCGGGAGCUAACUUCGGCAUUGCCACGGCAAUGUACCGAGGGUCGCCCGACCCCGUGCGCGUGUGGGAGCUGCCGAAUAGCCUCGCUGGCGACGCCAUUGUGACGAUCAUGAUUCAGGGCGUGCUGACGUGGGUUAUUGCGGGACUGCUGACUAGGCUGGAUGUGAAAGCAGAGCGAAUUGAGCCGAUAUUCUCCGAGCACGCACCGCGCCCUCUCCACGACCUCCCUGUUACUGUUUCUGGUGCAGCCAGCCCUCUUCCUGACAAUCCUGCUGCUGCUGCUGUCGCUGAUGCUGAUAAUAACAACGGCAGCAAGGUGGUGCCUGCCGAUCCCCAUCCCAGCGCGGAGGUUACAAGUAGCAGCGGCUGUAGCACAUGGGCAUGUUUCCGCUUUUUGGACUCAGUCGUGCGCUGGAUCCUUUGUCAGGGAGACUUUGACUUUGUCGCAUACAAGCCAAAGCCAGAGCCACCCCGCCAUGUCCGCUUCUUCCACUCUGUUCUCCGGGGCGCAAUGUGCUCUGCUCUCAUUGCAAUCCCAUAUUGGCCGUUAUGCCUGAUCCCCCUACUGGCUCUCUGGCAUGGGAAUGUCAACAUACCAGACUGGCCAGGGCCCCAGAUCUACAAGGCUGUGAUGGCAGCAGUGCUAGGGUUCUUCAUGACCCCGUUGGUUUCUAUGGUCGGACUUCUAGAGGCUGGAAGAUGCAGACUUGCCGACUUGCAGCAAAUUUGAGGAAAUGUUGAGAGGGAUUCACUCAGCAGCCCUGCUUGCACUUUACUCAUAUACUUUCCUGGUUGCAGUAUAUACGUGUUAUGGCG